AUGGCUGGGAAAAUCACUUCUGUGAUAUCAAACAGGUUCCUUUUCACGCUCACAGACAACAAACACGAGUGUAGAGCUUCCCAGAGCUCUUUGCGUAGUCCCGAUCCAAUUCCCAGAUCCCGUCUCAACACUUCAAGCGCACCUUUCAUCGUCAGUCGAGAGAGCUGGUCUCUUCUUGCACUCAUGUCGCCGCCGGCUCCAUUCUCGUCCACAAUCACAAGCCCGCCAUUUUGGUCGUCUGGGUUGUUCUUUCUAGCAUUGAAGAACUCGUCGUCUUCCAGAUUCGAAAUGACACCAUCCACAGCCGCAGAGCCUACAGCCUUCAUCAGAACAAGAGCCAUAUGGUACUUGAGAUAG